AUGCUGGAAAAACUGACAUUUCGCGGGUGGCGGAUAGCGGGCGCGUACUGCAUUCUGUCGAAGGCAGGCGUGCAAAUCAGACUUGUGUCAUCAGCCAUGGACAAAGGAUCCAACUUCUUCUUUAGACAGUUGUUUGACACAGUGAGUAGUACGUAUACAUACUUGCUGGGCGACACGGGUUCCUGUGAGGCUGUGCUGAUCGACCCUGUUCUCGAACAUGCCGAGCGAGACGCCGCACUUAUCAGAGAACUUGGUUUCAAGUUAAUCUAUGCAAUGAAUACGCACAUGCACGCAGACCACAUAACUGGCACCGGCAAGCUGAAGUCCAUCCUACCGGAGACGAAGAGUGUGAUCGGCAAGGCGUCAGGAGCUCAAGCUGAUGUAUAUCUGAGAGACGGUGAGGUGAUCAACUUCGGGGCACAUAAACUGGAAGCCACAGCGACCCCGGGUCACACUAAUGGCUGUUUGACUUAUAUUUGUCAUGAGCAGGGUAUAGCAUUCACCGGUGACACCCUUCUGAUCCGAGGCUGCGGUCGCACGGAUUUCCAAGAGGGCUCCUCGGAGACCCUCUACAACUCAGUUCACCAGCGCAUCUUCACGUUGCCGGAUCACUACACGCUGUACCCCGCUCACGACUACAGGGGACAGACGGCCACCACGGUCGCGGAGGAAAAGAAAUACAACCCACGCUUGACGAAAUCGUUACCUGAGUUUGUGAAUAUUAUGAAGAAUUUGAAUUUGCCUUAUCCCAAGAUGAUUGAUAAAGCUGUGCCUGCCAACAGAGUCUGUGGAUUGCAUUAUUAG